AUGGGAAGAAACAAAUCGCGCAAACCGGACGUCCCUACGAGAUCUAAGCUCAAGAAGGAUCCUGGAGUCCCGCGCCUACCGAGUCUGAAGGCCCGCAACACAGAGAAAGCGCGCGCGUAUGCACAUCCCGGCCCGCAUCGCGUCGACCCUGACGCACAGAUGGCAGUUGAACCUACCCUUUCCUCACUCGCAGCACUAGCCGGGUCUUUUACGCCAUCCGAGAAUGGACCUGUAGUCGACCCCUCUUCGUCGUCGAGCGGCGUCAUAAAGACCAAAGAGCAGUUGCGCCGGCAUUACAUUCGUGCCCUACACAAAGUCAUCGGCGAGAGUGAUAUCAUUGUCAUGGUGCUCGAUGCGCGCGAUCCCGAAGGCUGCAGGAGUCGCCUGGUUGAGGAGGAAGUACGGCGGCGAGAAAGCGAGGGGAAGAAGCUUGUCUUUGUCCUUAACAAGAUCGAUCUUGUUCCGCGUGAAAAUGCCCAAGCGUGGCUGCGCUAUUUGCGCCAUAAUACGCCCACACUCCCAUUCCGUUCCGCCUCAAAUGCGCAGCGUAACAAGCUGUCGUCUCCGACCGCGCCCGCCCUCGUGCGUCUUCUCAAGGCGUACAAACCCAGUGCGACACAGAGCGUGACCGUCGGGGUUGUCGGUUACCCCAACGUUGGCAAGAGCAGUCUCAUCAACACCCUAAAGAGAUCAAAGGUCUGUGCAGUUGCCGCUCAGCCAGGCCACACAAAAGAAUUGCAGACAGUGCAACUGGAAAGGGGCUUGAAAAUUCUUGACUCUCCUGGAGUCGUCUUUGACGAGGACGACUUUGACGACGGGAAGUCAAAGUCAAAGAGCAACGUCCUGCUGAGGAACGUUGUGAAAGUCGAAGAUAUUGAAGAUCCGAUCGCUCUCGUGGAGGAGAUAGUCAGCCGGACAGACCAUGAGAUGCUAAUGAAAAUAUACAAUCUUCCACAAAUCGGAUCGAUUCUGGAUUUCCUGACGAUGCUAGCUCUCACGACUGGCCGCUUGCUGAAGGGCGGUACGCCCGACAUCCUAGCUGCUGCUCGGACAGUCCUCACAGACUGGAACCACCAAAAAAUACCAUACUACUCCGAGCCUCCCAACAUUCAUCCGUCCCUAAUACCGUCUACCGUCGUGGAAAGUGGAGAACGCACUGUUGCGCCGGGUGCGGAGACCGUCGGGCAAGCGCAGAUCGUGUCCGAAUUCUCGACGGCGUUCACUCUGGACGGCCUUUUCGGCGCUGCAGAUGCGGGUGCGUUCGGCGGCAGUGUUGAUCAGGAUGCUAUGGAGCUGGAAGAGCCUGAACAGGUUGUUGACCUGAUGGACCAGGACGGAGUUGCAAUGGAAUCGGAUGACCUCGCUUCCCAAAUCCCUCGCAAGCGGUCACGCUCGACUUCUCCCGGGCCCUCGACAGCAUCACAAGCACCUCAGCAGGAUUCUGAGUAUCAUACGCGUCCACCCAAGCGUAUGCGGAAAUCACACGACGUGCCAUCCUACGACGCUCCCGUCGAGGAGCAUGCGAAGCGCGCCAUGGCGAAGUCAAAUCCGCUCAGUCGGCGUGUGCUAAAACGGGAGGCGAAGAAGGCCCGACGCGCUGCGACGAGGGCGGUGAAUGCACAGGCCGUUGAGCUUGAUGGAAGCAUGGAUAUCGACGAUGUGGGUGGGUUGGGUACGAGUUUCAUGGCGGGAGCGGCGGUCACGACUGGCAUGACUGUCAUGUAA